ACUUUUACUAGUCCUAAGUUUCUAAGACACGUACUAGUAGUACCUUAUAAAUUCAGUGCACCCCACUUCACCAAUUUAGCUCCUAUCUCUUAAAAAUCACUGCUUUCUUUGUUUGUAUUCUGAACUUCCACUCAACACAGACAUGUCUCAUAACUCAGAUGACAACAACAACAUCAAGGGAGUUUUUACUCAUGGUGGACGAUAUAUUCAGUACAAUAUCUAUGGUAACCUCUUUGAAGUCUCUAAUAAGUAUGUUCCUCCUAUCCGUCCUGUUGGAAGAGGUGCUUAUGGUAUUGUUUGUGCUGCUGUAAAUGCGGAGACUCGGGAAGAAGUUGCCAUUAAGAAGAUUGGCAAUGCAUUUGACAACAGAAUAGAUGCCAAAAGGACCUUACGAGAAAUUAAACUUCUCCGCCACAUGGAUCAUAUAAAUGUGAUAACCCUUAAGGACAUUAUACGUCCACCACUGAUGGAGGAUUUCAACGAUGUUUACAUUAUUUAUGAGUUAAUGGAUACUGAUCUGCAUCAAAUAAUUCAUUCCAAUCAACCAUUGACUAAUGAUCAUUGUCGGUAUUUACUGUGUCAGUUGUUACGAGGACUGAAAUAUGUACACUCGGCGAAUGUUCUGCACCGUGAUCUAAAGCCUAGCAACUUGCUGCUGAAUUCCAAUUGUCAUCUUAAGAUUGCAGACUUCGGUCUAGCUAGAACUACGUCUGAAACCGAUUUCAUGACCGAGUAUGUGGUUACUCGAUGGUACCGAGCUCCAGAAUUGCUUCUAAAUUGUUCGGAAUAUACUGCAGCCAUUGAUAUAUGGUCUGUUGGUUGCAUCCUUGGUGAAAUCAUGACAAGACAACCCCUAUUUCCUGGGAAAGAUUAUGUUCAUCAACUCAGAUUGAUCACAGAGCUUAUAGGUUCUCCUGAUGACACCAGCCUUGGAUUUCUGCGAAGUGAUGAUGCUCGUAGAUAUUUAAAACAGCUUCCUCAAUAUCCAAGGCAGCAAUUUGCUGCUAGAUUUCCCAACAUGUCUCCUGGUGCAGUUGAUUUGUUAGAGAAGAUGCUUGUUUUUGAUCCGAACAGGCGCAUUACAGUUGAUGAGGCUCUGUGCCACCAAUACUUGGCACCUCUCCAUGACAUUAUUGAGGAACCUGUUUGUUCUAAACCUUUCAAUUUUGAUUUUGAGAACUCGUCUUUCACUGAAGAAAAUAUCAAGGAACACAUUUGGAGAGAAUCUGUGAAGUUCAAUCCUGAUCCACCUAUUUAUUGAAAGUUUCCAUUGUAUCUGUAUAGUGAAAUACUUGAUGACUGAUUUACAACACUGUUGGGAAGUUAGUCACCAUAAAAAUAUGAAACAUUGGAUAUAUUGAGAACUUUUUUGUUUGGUAAAUUAUACUAAGACAAUAAAUUAGAAUGGUUUAUUAAUGCUUGAAAA